AUGCGAUCCAAACCAUCCGAUUACCCGGCACUUCCUUUCCAUGGAAUCCGCAUCCUUAGCUCCUUAUCGUCCCUAAUAGUGGCUAUCAUCCUCGCCGUCUUUAUCUAUCAUCUCCACUCCGAUGGCUACAAAUUGCCUUUUGCCUUUCUUAUUCUUCUCAUCGCCUCAAUCCUCUCCCUCAUCAAUAUCAUCUUCACAUCCCUUAUAAACUGCGCCUGCAGCCUCAACACAAAACUCUCCAUAAUCCUAAAUGUCCUCCUCCUCCUCCUCUGGGCCCUCGGCCUAGCCCUCAUAAGCUACAACAUGGCCCACACAAUCCUCACCUCCUGCACAGCUCAGUACUGGGGAAACUCGACCGGCGAAAACGUCUGCAGAAUGUACAAGGCCCUCUUCACAUUCACUAUCCUCGCUACAGCAUCCUACAUUGCAUUGCUAGCACUAGAUGGGAUUGUUCGCCGCCGCCAGAACAGAUUCGGUGUGUAUGGACUUGCGGGACCGGCUGAGGAUCAUAUGGAACUCAAGUUGGCUGGUGAGCGGGAUGCGACUGCGAGUGGCGGCUAUGAGGCUGUGCCACCGGUCAUGACGGGCGGGUAUACGCAUCAGAAUACUUCUUAUGCGCAUACGCUUGAGCAGAGUCAUGCUGGGGAGGCGGCGGCGUAUUAUGAUGCUGCGCCCGAGAUAAGCAGACGAGGACAGGCAGGAUAUGAUCCUAUUAUGCAUCGGUGA